CCAAAGAAAAAUGACUUCGAUUCUGCGAAGAGCUGCUAUUUCUUUCUUAAAAACAAAUGCGCGUGCUUCUUCGCAUGCUGCUACUGCUGGUGGGCAUGGAGGUGGCUACAUAUUAUGGAAAAGGAUGUCCUUCUUCGUUGCAUUCCCAGCUAUUGCUCUCGGAAUGCUAAAUGCCUACUUAGCUCACCAAGAGGAACACCAUGAACGUCCGCCAUUUGUACCUUAUGAAUACAUGCGCAUUCGUACAAAGCGUUUCCCAUGGGGUGAUGGACAGAAGUCCCUUUUCCACAACCCUCAUGUGAAUGCCCUUCCCAGCGGUUAUGAAGAUGACCACUAAAUUACAAUAAUUUUGUUUUAGAAAGUUAGUCUGCAAAACAUUCAUAUAUUUUAAGUUAUUAAAAGU